GUUCAGAUACAAACCACGACAGCUUAUUGUAGAAUACUACCUACACUGGACCACCACGUUUGAGAUAUCUUUUUCAGGUAGUUCAGACGCAAACCACGACAGCUUAUUGUAGAACACGGCUGACAUUGGACCCGCCCCCCCCAUGUUUGAGAUACAAAGAAUUCCUCAAGCAAACUGCUGAAGGAACUACAUACCAAUAGGUGAAAUAUGGCUCACCAAAAGUUAGAGAUUCAGACGUGGCCUGAUCGUGAAGAGGAGAAGACAUCAAGAAAUAGAAGUUGUUUGAAAAGUCAAGUCUUGAAUCAUGGAAGAGCAUAAAUUCACAGUAAUCUUGACUAUCAUGAUGGCACUUGUGGUCACAAGUCAAGCUGGAAAUCUUAGUGUAAGUUUAUGUGUUAAUUGAGUCUACGUUCGCUAGCGCCGCAUUGCGUAGAUCGAAUUCGUAAAUGUAUCACUGGAAAUUUAACAAAUAACUGAUCAGUGAUUAUUAGAUAUAGGAUUUGAAAGGUUUGCCCAUGGUUUGCUCUUGCAAACAGAGCGACCCGGCCAAGUAGUACCCUACCUUCGACCUACAGUAGUUGGCUUAACUCAGUGAUGAUGGGCAAAGCGUUAACCAAAUUUAGUGAAAGCGUCCAAAUUGCCUAUUUUUAAAAUUACGUUUCACAACCUAAAACCAGUGUUUGAAUUUAGUGUUUUUCUUAUUGAGUAGCUAUAUUAGCACAAUCGGAGAGGGCACUAAAUCUCUGGCAUUUGUCGAUAUAUUUGACUUUUACAUUUGCAGAAUUCCAAAACCUACUUUGGCGGUCGAUGCAUGAAAAAUCAAGGCGGAACAUACAGAGUUGCACUUCAGUUUUGUGAUGGCAAAAAUUGGCGCACCCAAAUACAACCAGGAAAAUCAUCGGGUUCUCCUCAAGGUAUUCAAUAUUUCCACGAGGCUCAGUGGUCAGUGUCUUUCCAAUAAAAUUUUAAACUUAGUUAAAGGUUGAGUUUGUGUGCUUGUCUGUCAGCUGGGUAACUCUCUGAGAUCAGUAAACCUUGUAUUAUUGCAUCGCAUUCAAUAGUGCUAUAAAUACAAAUUCUUCUAUCGUAUGGACCAUUGCUAUGUCGACCAGUUUCAACAAUCUACAGGCUGAAAUUCUGAGCUUUUUACGGCUUGACGAUGUUUAUAACUGACAUUACUAAUUUCAGAAAUGCAUUUUGUAUUUAUAUUUCAGAAAUACAUACUCGAAACGCAUCCUCGUCCCCAGGGCCUCUCGGCCGCGCCGCGUCCUCCCUGGGCCACACGAAACCGGAACCGUUUCUCGCAAGAAAACGUUUCUUGCAGUAGUUUCUAAAGGCCAUGUUACACGGUGCAAUUUUUCUUGCAACUUGCAAUGCAAUUCUACUCUUGAGAGAUGUUAAAAUUACCAAAUACGAGUCUUCAUUACACUCUGCUGUUUUCUCAACAUAUCGAAAAUUCUUUACUGAUUUCACUAAUUAACAUCUCUCAAGAGUAGAAUUGCAUUGCAAGUUGCAAGAAAAAUUGGACCGUGCAACAUGGCCUUAAAGCGCGUGCUCUUGAAUUGGGACGCUUUAGCAACCGUAAAAAUUUUCACAGUAAAGUAUUACCUGAGUAUUUAUGUUGACAUACAUGUUGAUAGAAUAAUUUUGCCUAGCAAAAACUGCUCAACUUCUGCGAAAUAGCAGUUCUCUGAGAAGCCAAUCAGAUCUCUCCCUUUAGUCGUCUAAGUCGGUCUAACCCAGAGCCUAAUUUUCAACGAGUGACCGAGUGAAAAUGGCUCUGGGAACGAGAAUGCUCGAAAGGUCGAAGUUCUGCUUGUAUUUUCAAUCCGCAGCUAUACAGUUUAAAAACAUGCCAAUCUAUGUUAAUAUUUUGCUUUUUUUCAGGUUCAAGUUGUCUUGACAUCCUGAAUAAAGGUUUAAGCUAUGGAGAUGGAAAAUAUAUAAUAGAUCCCGAGGGUGAUGGCGAAGAAAAGCCAUUCGAGGUGUAUUGUGAUAUGACAUCAUUUGGUGGUGGCUGGACGAUGUGUUACACCACAGACAAGUUUGUUAAUAUGAAGACUGAACUAACCACCAGUCCUGCGCAUGGCUAUCGAGCUGACUGCAAUAACAUACCAGUAAGUUCAAUACGUUGUAAAAACGGUUAAAAACUACCUUGCGUUUUUCUCGCGAAGUGAGACCUAUAUGGUUAGUACUCUGUGACUGUACUGAAACUCAAUCAUAUACAGUAAUAUGUUCACAACUAAAACCAGCGCC